UUUCUUUAAUAUACUGUGGAUUUCAGACAUUUCGGGGUUAUAAAAAAAGACUGGUUGUUAUUUUCAAAAUGGAAACAAUUUUGGAACAGCAGAGGCGCUACCACGAAGAAAAGGAACGUCUAGUCGACGCCAUGGUUAAAGAAAUGCUGCAUAAAAAGAACGCCUACAGAGAGCAGAUUAAUUCUGAUCACCGUAUGAAAUACUUGCUGGACAGAUAUAUGACUUCGACGAAUCGCCUAAUUGAACUGUAUGAUGACAAAGACGGGCAGAGGAAGGCUGAAGUGGCUGCCCUUACAGGUCCAAACGAGUUUCAAGAGUUUUACAGUCGUUUGAAGCAAAUAAAAGAUUUUUAUCGUAAGCACCCCAAUGAGAUCAGUGUGCCCAUGUCUGUGGAGUUUGAUGAAUUGGGCAAAGCCAGAGAGAACCCCACUGAAGAAAUGGCAAAUUUGGUUGAAUUUACUGAUGAGGAGGGAUAUGGGAAAUAUUUGGAUUUACACGAGUGUUAUGAGAAAUACAUAAAUCUGAAAGGAAUAGAGAAAGUUGAUUACAUAACCUAUUUGGGAAUGUUUGAUCAACUUUACGAUGUGCCAAAAGAAAGGAAAUCGGGCGAGUAUCGAAAGUACCUCCUCUGCCUCAUGGAAUAUCUGGGUUGGUUUGUCCAACGCAUUAAACCUCUGAUGGAUUUGGAUGCGGUGCUAGAGGAGGAGGCGAAAAACGCAAUGCAGCAAUGGGAGGCGGGGACUUGUCCCGGAUGGCCAAAAGAAACCGGAUCGGCUUUGACCAAUGUGGGAGCCCAUCUAGAUCUGUCGGCGUUCUCCAGCUGGGAGGAAUUGGCCUCCCUGGGUUUGGAUCGCCUGAAGUCCGCCUUGAUGGCGUUAGGACUUAAAUGUGGCGGGACUUUAGAAGAGAGAGCACAGCGGCUAUUCUCUACCAAAGGCCAAAGUUCAUUGGAUCCUUCGUUGAUGACAAAGGCGACAAAAGGAAAAGCAAGCAAGGAGAAAGAACACGUCCGGCAGAGGGAGCUUGCCUGUUUGGAGGCCCAGAUUUAUAAAUUGGCGGAGCUCGUAAGUGCCCAAAGGGCGGCGACCAAGGAGAACGUGCAGCGGAAGCAAGCCCGAACUGACGGAGAGAGGGAUGACAGUGAGAACGAGGAGUCGGCGGAAGAAAGUCCCGACGAGGGCGACGACGACGUGCCCUACAAUCCGAAAAAUUUGCCCCUGGGAUGGGACGGCAAACCCAUUCCGUACUGGCUGUACAAGCUGCACGGGCUGAACAUAAGCUACAAUUGCGAGAUCUGCGGCAAUUACGUGUACAAGGGGCCAAAAGCGUUUCAGCGACAUUUCGCUGAAUGGAGACACGCCCACGGCAUGAGGUGCCUGGGGAUCCCCAACACCGCCCACUUCGCGAACGUGACACAGAUCGAGGACGCUUUGGCCCUGUGGGAGAAACUUAAGGUUCAGAAGCAGGGCGAGAGAUGGCAACCCGAAACGGAAGAGGAGUAUGAGGACUCGCAGGGCAACGUGGUCAACCGAAAGACCUACGAGGAUCUCAAGCGUCAGGGUUUGCUUUAA